CUUGAUUCUCCACUAACUCCAGCUUCAAUUUCAACAUAAAGCAAGGUAUAUCAGAAUGAAUCAGAAAUGAUCAGAAACAAACCCAAUUGCCCCUCAAAAUAUCCGGAAAUGAUUGAGUUUUGCCUUCAUCCAAUGAUCAUGCCGUUGAAUCGAUGACAUCCGGAGGACCGGGUCGACGAUGUAAUCUACAUCGACACGCCUUAGCCAGAUGGGACUCGCUCAUAUUCUGAUGAUCUGUGGUCUCUUUCAAUCCUCUUCGAUUCUUUUUCUCUCUCGUUAAUUUCUAUACGAGCGCUCUGAUCGCCCAUUACUAAUCCCAGCAUGACCAGCUCGACGGCCUCCGCCAAGCCUUCCCCAUACUACCCACCAGCUUCGACCGCUUCCCACGAUUUCUCCCCGUCAUUUCCCCCAGAGCCAGUGUCUCCCGACCACAACCCCGAUUGCUUGAGUCUCUCUUCGCCCUCAUCCUCCAAUUUUGCUGCUCCGAUCUUCCCAAACGAUGCCCCGGGUCUUGUUCUUGGGGUACCCGCACCCGUCAUGAUUCCACCCGAGUCCGACGAGUCCUUGGUGUUCUCCGCCGGCAGCAACACCUUGGGCCAUCGCGAUGAGCACGGGGCUGUCCCCGAAGAUUUUGACAUUCAAAGUCAGACUAGCUCCCGCGAUCCAGGAAGUGUCAAUACCGGAGGCGAUCAUACUGUAGCGCCCGAGGGCGCCUACGAGAACCAGCGCGAUGACACCAACAACGACCCCGCGCAAAAUCUCGAGGUUGACAAGGAUGGCAAUAAACCGGCAUGGAGUGAGAUGAAAACCAAGGCCGGGAAGGAAAGGAAGCGUCUCCCACUAGCAUGUAUUGCUUGUAGGAGAAAAAAGAUCCGGUGCUCGGGAGAGAAGCCUGCAUGCAAGCAUUGCUCUCGGUCUCGUAUUCCAUGUGUAUACAAAGUCACUACGAGGAAAGCCGCUCCUCGAACAGACUACAUGGCGAUGCUGGAUAAGCGAUUGAAACGAAUGGAGGAUCGGGUCAUCAAGACGAUCCCCAAAGAGGAAGUCCGGGAUAUGACUGCCAUCGGGAGGUCCGUGGUGAGACCUCCCGUUCCGGGACAAAUCUCGAAGACUCAGAAAAAGCGGUCAGCAGAUGAAGCUUUUGCAUCUGAAAUGGACGAAUGGACACGUGGGGGGCGCAAUGUGCUACAGGAUACCUUCCCCAUGAACCGUGACAGUAAGUCCGGUGACGGAACUGGUCUGUUAACCGAGGGUGCCGAGUUUCUUCCCUCGUUGGAGAUCCAGGAGCACUUGGCGGAGGUUUUCUUCGACUGCGUUUAUGGUCAAUCCUAUCUCUUACUACACAAGCCCAGUUUCAUGCGACGACUGAGAGGCGGCUCCAUUCCCCCAGUGUUAAUUCUAGCUGUCUGUGCCGUCUCCGCCCGAUUCUCGACACAUCCGCAGAUCAACUCAGAGCCACCAUUUUUGCGCGGAGAGAGCUGGGCCAACCCAGCCGCAGCUAUAGCAUUGAGUCGGCAUGAUGAGCCAAAUAUCACCAUCCUUACUGUCUUUUUGCUUCUGGGACUGCACGAGUUUGGAACCUGUCAUGGCGGACGAAGUUGGUCCUUUGGAGGCCAAGCGUUGCGAAUGGCUUAUGCCUUACAACUGCAUAGAGAGCUUGACUAUGAUCCGUUAUUAAGCCAGAGUAAUGGCAAUGGCUCACAACUUAGCUUCACUGACCGUGAGAUCCGACGACGAACUAUGUGGGCCUGCUAUCUGAUGGAUCGCUAUAACUCGUCGGGGAGUCAGCGUCCACCCACGGGAAACGAGAAGUUCUUACAAAUCCAGCUUCCAAUUACUGAAUCGCAGUUUCAGAUGGAAAUCCCGGGGCCCACGGAAGACCUGGAUGGCGGUGUUCCGAACCCUGUUCCGGAUGAUGUGGGUCAACUGUCCAAUGCCAAAAGCAACAUGGGCGUCUCCGCCUAUAUUAUUCGGGCCGUCGUCAUCUGGGGCCGUAUCGUCGACUAUCUAAACCUGGGUGGGAAGACAAAGGACACUCGUCCACUAUGGUCUCCGGAGUCGGGGUACUCACAUCUCAAGCGACAAAUCGAUGAUUUUUCUUCGUCGCUUCCGAGCUCUUUGGUUUUCACUUAUGAAAAUCUCCAGAUCCACGCCGCGGAGCGGAUUGCUAACCAAUUCCUCUUUCUUCAUAUGAUUAUUCACCAGAACACACUUUUCUUAAAUCAAUUUGCCAUUCCGCUGUCACCGGGAGGACGGCCGCCAAAGGAUAUGCCCAAGGCCUUUCUCAGUAAUGCCGGACGAUCCGCAGUGGAAGCAGCUCAUCAUAUCUCUGUAUUGAUUGAUCGUGCUUCGGCUUACCCUCUUACUGUUCCUUUUGCAGGAUACUGUGCAUAUUCCGCCAGCACUGUCCAUAUAUGGGGUAUUUUCUCCCGCAAUGCGCAGCUAGAGGCUCGAUCAAAGGAGAACUUACGACAUACCUACCGGUAUCUCAACAAAAUGAAGAAAUACUGGGGUAUGUUCCAUUACAUGGUGGAGAGUGCCAAGGAUCGAUACCGGCAAUUUGCAGAUGCUGCCAUCAAGGGGUCAAUCACAAAUGCCAAUGGUGGCCAAGCUGCACCCAUGUUCCAAUACGGGGACUGGUUUGACAAGUAUCCCCAUGGAGUGUCGAGGUUGCACUGGGAAGAAGCCGGUCCGGCGCCUAAGGAAACAGGCGAUGAUGCCGUCAUGGGGAAGAAGCCGGAUCUUCAGAGCGUGGAAGACUUCUUUGCCAGUCUAUCACCGACACCGCAACCAUCAGGGCCACAUGUAUCGCAUUCAAGGAAGAGCAGUAAAAUCGACGGUCCUGGUGGCAUGGAUAAAGUGAGCCCGUCAGAGUCGGUGGUAGAUGUAAACAUGACACCAGGGAUGAUGGGCACUUCCGGCACAGGGUUCCCACAUCCCGCGAUGUACAACCAGGGCCGAGCCUCAUCUUUCGGGCAACCUCCUUUCGAUUUCAACAUUCCAUCCGAUCAGCUUCCCCAACUGGAUCGACAAUUUGUGUACGGAUCCUUUGGCGGAAUCGACCCAUCCACAUUUGUAUCGGGAAGUAACACCCCCAUGCCUCCCUCGGCCAACGGCACCGAGUCCCAGCAAAAUCAAGAAAGCGCAGCACUUUUCACAGGCCAACUAGACCCCAACGCACCCUCGGGUGCGGGAGAAUUCUACCAACCGAGCGCGUGGUUCUUGCCAUUCAACCUUGACCCGGUUGGACCAGGAGUCAGUAUGGAUGCGAACCCACCCCCAGUCCAAGCAGGACAGCCAUCCGGCAACGGUGCUGCCCCGGGGUCUACCGCAGACAUGACCGCGUUUGGUAAUUCAGGGAACAUGAUGGGUUCGUAUGAUAUCACUUGAUGGGAUGAAUCAAGACCGUGAAUAUGUUGAGAUUGAAUUAUAUACAUCACACGGAGUUUCCUCGCUACAUUUUCUUUCUUUUCUCUUGCUUUUCUUAUCUGGACCGGGUGGUAUUGUGUGAAUAUGGGAAAAUAUCGGAGUUUAUGAGUGGUACUGCUGUGCAUCUUUCUUUUGUUAUAUCUACUCCGUGUAUAUUUGGUGUUGGCUAUGAAAUAGUAUUAUAAUUUUCUCUUGGUAGUCGUCCUUGUCCCAUAAGCUUUGCUAUAACGGCCAUAUAAAACAUCACCAUCAGGUUCCAUACCGACAAAAGCAAUGCGACAUGAGAUAGCAAAAGAAAAACAAAAACCCCCGCAAAAAAGGAACCGGAAAAAGAAAAUAAAGAAGACCAAC